GUCCCUACGUACAUACCUAGGAGUGGGACCGAUGAAAACUGAAGAAAGAGGCUUAACGUUAAUCGGUAUAAUAAUCGAAGACCUGGGAACAAUUCAUUCUACAUCGAAACUUCAAAGCUUUGGCACGUCAUGGCCACGCUGGGUUUAACUGUUCCAUCGAAGAAGACACUAGUGCUCUCAAUCGCGCCUGUUCUACUGUCAGCUUAUCUCAUAUAUAGAUUUUCACCCCCCGGCUUCGUCGGUUCGCCUCCCCCAGAGCACGAACAUUCCGACUCUCAGCCUUCCCCUAUCGGAAAGCAGGCUAGUCCUGCAAAAGAGUCGAGGCGUGGUAAACUGACCGAUGAAGACGAGGACGAUGACACAAAAAGUUACUAUGACGACCUCGUGAGCGUACUCUCCGACCCGGAGGAUAAUCAAUCGCUAUAUGACCACUUGGAACACCGACGUACCUAUGGGUAUUAUUGCAUGUUCCGCCCAUUCUUUGACAUUGAGAAUGAGAACGCGGACAAGGAUGAGGAGGAACAAGUUGAUGAAGAAGAACUGAUCAAGCAGUACAAUGAGUACAUACGUGCUGAUGACAACAUUGAAAUGAAGCCCGCCUCCGAGCAUCCUGAGCAUCGGUGGAUUGCCAUGUGGGAGACAUGGAAAUUGUUUUCCGCAUGGGAAAAACGGGCUUCAUAUACCAAUCCCGAGUUUUUCAAAAUGAGUGUUCACAAGCACUUCCACGGCUUGGGCAUGCAAGAGCAGAUUGAGAACAUGCUCCUUGCUUUCAAUAAAGAAUUUGAAAAGAAACGCAGCAAAAGGGGCAUUAGAGAGCUGUGGGCCAUCGUGGCUGCUAUAAUGCAAUUCCUUACAGAAAUACCCCUUGAUGCAUGGAUCAAGGUGAAUGACAAGAAGAGGUUGGAGGCCACCAUAAGCCUUAUUGGCCGCGCCUUACUCACCUCACUCAACGAGCUUGAUCGGGCGAAAUUGCUGAAGGCUGACUCCGAUAUCAAGGACCUGGGCCUGGUCAUAACAUUCUAUCUUUAUUGGGCCGACGAGCACCCAAGGUUGCACGAGCAAGGAAUUGACCUACCUUUCCGAAAGGAAGCCAUCGCUUAUGCGAAGAAAGCUGGCAUCGACCUCAAGGAGGCAGGAUGUUACGGCACGGACGAGAAAGUGAAGGCCUUGGAAAAGGAGCGCGGGAAGCCCAUCAAGCCGCUUUCCGGUAGCCCUAAGUCCGAUAGAUGGGAAUGGAAAAAGAAGUUCAAGAAGUUCGGCAAGGAUUACAAGAUCGGCGGCGAAAAAUACAACAUAUUGAAAAUGUCGCGGAAGGAGCGCGCCAGUCAUUCGUACGACAAGAAGGAUCCCCUUGCCGACAUCCCCGACAAGGCAAUCGAGGACGGCACGCUUAGGGUGAGACCCGUGAGAUCUCGAUGAGGGGUUGUGUCCAAUGGACUCUCCAUUAGCACGAGGAGCUUUUUGGAGUAGUGGGAAAGGCCUUGUGUGUUUUUAGGUAGCUUGCUCCUAUCAAGCAGUAGAGCUGCUUGUGGCCGUAGAUCCGGGUUCUACAUACCGUCUCACCUCAACACUGCCUCGGUAGAACUGUAGGGGAUUUCAGUCGACGAAUCAUGGAUUGCCCCUUAUGGAAUUUGCCAGGGGCUAUGUAAAGUACCAUAUGCCAUUCAACCCCUGUGUUUGCGAGAUCUAUAUUGUAUAUAGGAACAAUGAAAAGAACACGGCUCGCUUGUUCCAUCCGACG